AUGAUUGCUAGUCAACAUGGCCAUGUGGAUGUUGCAAGAACCCUGGUUGAGUGUGGCGCGUCCACCGACAUCCGCGACGGACACGGAGAUAGCGCGUUGAUUUGGGGCUCUGUCAAGGGACACGUCGGGAUCGUAGAAUUGCUCUUGAAGAACGGAGCCGACGUUAACUCGGCGAAUAACGAGAACUGGACGCCACUAAUGGCAGCGUCGGGACGGAGUCACAUGAAUGUGGUGAGUGUGCUCUUGCAGUACGGAGCUCAGAUCGACCAGCAGCGUCAAAUGGGGGCCAGCGCGCUUAUAAUUUCUUGUCAACUGGGGCACGUAGAAGUUGCAAGAACACUGAUCGAUGGGGGUGCUUCUGUCGACGUCCGAGACGAAUAUGGCAAUAGCGCGUUG